AUUGUAUUUAUAGGCAACAAGUGGAUACCACCGCCACUCUUUCCUCGCUUCGGUCGCGGAGGAGAAGCUUCCGCCCGCCAUGGCGGCACCGCUCGCCCUCGCCGGUGUUCCCCAGGCCUAGGGUUUCCCACCGCUUUGGCGCCGCUCAGUAAUGGGCGGUUGCUGCUGCUGUUCUUCCAGAGGAGCUGAAUCACGUAGAACACCAGCUUACUUCUAUUGUCCUCAAGAUUUGGAGCGUGAACCACUUUCUUCCAACAGCCAUGUUACAGUUUCUACAAUCUCAUCGGGACUACUAGUUGACACUAAUCUGGACACGUCCACUCCGGACACUUAUCGAUCGCCUCCAGCACCCUUGCCCUUCGAUGUUGGUUUAACAAGCUCACAGGUUGCGUUUCAAGAUAUUGGAAGUCAUGGAACCAAAACAGAUCAGAGAAUUGAAGAAACAAAUGACAAAUUUGAAACUUCGGACUGCAAAAGCAAAACUGAGAGUGAGCAUAGUUCUCCUAAGGUUACUGAAAAUGAGGUCGAUAAGCGUAUUAUCUCUACUACAGAUGAGGAGGAUGUUUGCCCCAUUUGCCUAGAAGAGUACGAUUCAGGGAAUCCUCGUAUCAGAACUAGAUGUCAACACGAUUUUCAUCUCUCUUGCAUUCUUGAAUGGAUGGAGAGAAGUGAUACUUGUGCCAUCUGUGAUCAGAUAAUGACGAUCGACGACUCUCCAGGAACUGUUUCAAAUGCCCAACAACCCUUGUGAAUAAACCUCCAUCCUUCAAAUUAAAGCAUCUAUUUAAUUUAAUCGCCUUCGCAAAUUGUAGUAUUUAGUUGGAGUUUUGGGUGAUGAGUAAGUGUUUUAUUCUUUGCGUUCCCUUAUAUCUGUGAUCGAAACAGGAGGAAGAAAAAAAAAAGAAAACGAUUAUAAUACUUGCUUCAAACUUAUAAGAUGAGUAUAUCAUAUAUAUCAUGUAAAUUCUUUUUUUUGUUCUCUGAUGUUCUAAAUGAGAGAGGAUGGUAAGUAAGCUCCAGGGUUAAUGCAAUGCCAUUUAUAUUUUGUUCGUGUAAUUUUCUUCA